AGGGGACAAUGUACUAAAUAUGGCUUCCUACCACGUUUUAAUCCUGUGUUUUUGUGUUUUCACAGCGGCGUCUGGGUCCCACAUGCAAGGAGGACUUAUGACGUUCAGAGCCAGAGAGAGAAAUUAUGAUGGAACUUUUGUGGUGGAAUUCAAGUAUAAAGCAGCGUUUAUAGAUCGCUACGGCUAUGAGUUUUACUGGUAUUGCUCUGGUUGGGAUUGUGGAUAUGAUGUAUACAGAUGGCAUGGCGCUGUGCCCACGAGUGUCUCCAACGCCUGGUACCAGACGGAAGGUUACAUUAUCCGACAUUUACACAACGACAAACCGUUCCAACUUACAGAAAGCAGCUGUUGUUGGGUGUAUAAUAGCGUUGGUGCUUCUGGAUGGAAUCUUGUAACGGGGGUGGAUUUGGGAACCAGAUCUGAUACUUUCAAACCAAACAACUCACCAGUGACCAACAUAAUACCCGUCAUCAGGGUCCCUAAUAAUUGCCAAAGCUACAUCAAUCUAUUGGCAUUUGAUCCGGAUGGUGACAUUGUGAGGUGCAGAUAUGGCCAAUAUUGGGCCGGCGAAUGCUCCAACUGUAACCAGCCCCCGAAAAUCUACUUAGAUGAAGCCCGCUGCUCUCUCUCCAUUCCCAGUGCGAUGCCCACGGGCACUUACGUUCUUGAGCUGGUUUUGGAGGAUUUUCCACGCAAUAACAUAUACCUCAGAUACAACGACGGGUCCAUUGCUUACAAAUACAGACCAUAUAACAGCAAAAGUGGAGAGGUACCCAAGAACUCUCGCUGGAAUUACUGGGACUCCACCCCAAGCUCAUAUACAGACGUAUCUUCUCAAGCAUUCCCCACCACGCAGACUUCUACGCAGACCUCUACGUUGAGUGAAACAGGUAUUUGGAGAUGA